AUGUGUCAACCAAUGACGAUGUUGGAGCUUCCCUUUGGGGACGAGCUAGUAACCACUUACUUUAACCUCAACUCCUCCUUUGCAUCUCCAAACAAUCUAAGGAAUUUCCGUACGAACCGAGCCGAUACUAGGCCUUAUUUCCAUACUUCUCCUACUUCAUUCCAUGGCUACCUAGGUGGACUGAAGGGUGUGAGACCUCUCCUUCAUCUUUGUCCCUUGAAGCUUUCCGUCUCAACGCACGUCGUUAUGGCAAAGGGUUGGGACUGUCAUCUUCAAACUGAAUUGAUUUUUACUGGCGUUACACUACCCACCAGCAAGCCCAGAAGUGUGUAUCACGAUAGAAACAUCGAUGUUGUGGUGGUUGCCGCUUUGUGGCUGAAUCAACCCAUGCAUCUCGCGUCCUGCUGCCGCUUUCGCGGGAUCAGUACGCAAGCCUCAAGAUCAACAGGUACUUUCGCUUUUCACCACCGCGAAAAUGUUAUGGACAGAGUCGUCUUUUCGCCUCCUUCUCCAUUACCUAUUCCGCGAGGACUUACAUCGCCCGGCACUGUUGACCCUGGGGUGGAUGCCUGGGCGGAGGCAUUAUCAGGCGUUGGACCUCUUAUCCUCCUUGUUGGUGAACGAAAUACCAAACAACUCCUGAGAGACAUGCGAGGAGCUCACAGCAUCCUCAGCCUUGCGUUUGCUCCACUUGGGUUGCUCAGCGUCCUUACCAGUAUGAUACGGCUGUGCGGGGCUCAUGCAUUGAGGUCAUUUUUAGGAUACCAACAUGAAGCGAGAACAGCGGCAGCAAUGGAGGUCACUCGAGUUAAUUGUGGAAGCGUGCAUGCGGAAAUGGUGGACGGUUCUAUCGUUCGGUCAACAGUGCCAAAUCCACCCAGCCAGGCACUCGCCGUUGUGUCACUGAGUGGCUGCUCAGAAAUUGCUGUGGUUGAGUGCAUGGAGCAAAUCCGACACUGCGAAACUUUCCAGAGCAGACUUCAAAUGAAAGGAGCUCCCCAAGGUGCUGCGGAUAUAAACUGGUGUUUUCGGAUAUCCUCUCAAGUUGGCAAUGAAGAAUCUGCCCAAGCCAUAAUGUCGAUUAUCUCUGAGGUUCUAGAUGUUGGGGAUGGUUGCUGUCAACUUCAUCGAAAUUCACAGCCACUUGUUCAGGCCAAAUCUUCUUCUCGGCCCAUGCCCUCUCGCCACGGUUCAUCUGGCUGGUCCUUCUACUCAUCAUUGACUGGAUCGACUCUGCUCUCCCGCCAGAGUUCAUCUGCUAAAAAGUUAGAUGAAAGCCCUCCCUUCACUCUCCCACGACCUUUGAAUGUCAGCUUUCUCAGCACAUUCACUGGGAUAUCAGAAUUCAGUGCGGGCCCUCCGACUCCGAAGUUUUGGUCAUUCUUCAUCGCAUGCAUGUCCCUAAUCUCAAUGCUUGCUGUUCAGAUCCUUAGCUUUUGGAAUAAAGGCUGGACAUCCGCUGCGCCAGUUAUGGUGAUUGCCGGCUACAUCGGGUUAUUCGCUGGAGUCAGUGCCGCCGCAUGGUUGAUAUACGACUCCCAGGACUCGGCCAACCUCGCUGUUCGAGCAUAUAGACGUGGAGCAGAAUGGAAAACUGGUGUUAUCGUUGCCAUCAAAAAGCCAGACAGUAUGGAUACUUCCGGGACCCCUCUACAACGAAACAAGUCAAAGGCCAUGAACUUUGAAGCAGUCUGGCUAAAGUCUCCAUCUCGACAACGACUCGUACUCUCAUGGAUUGUAACGCUAUUCUUAACGUUAUCAUUCGUUUGCCACUACCUUGGGCUUCGGUCAUCGAAGUGGUGGCUAGCAAUAGCCGAGCUGCUCAUAUGCUUGACGGCGGCCUUUGCUAGGACGAUGAUCAAGUCCGAGCCUUCCCGGGACAAAUUCAAGCAAGACGGCGAGGUGUUCGUGGAUAAGCGCUGUUACUCGACCGGCGUGCUAGAUUCUGGCCGACCGAUGCGCAUUGAAAAAGAGAGCCGAUCUGGCAAUCUUCUCGAUCUCCGGAUGUACUCCCUUCAAAGGACCGAGUGUACACCAGCAAAAAGCGAGCUCAUCGCAUGGCAAGCUGCAAAGCUCUUGACUGAAAAACCAGAUAUCGCCAGCUAUGUUCUGCAACUCACCGAUAUGAGCGUAACGAUAUGCAAGGGCGAUGUGCCCACCGAGCGCAAAGUUAUAAUUGCAUUUUCUGGAGGAGUUCUCACAGAAGAAGGCCUCGCGUUUCCGAACGCGCAAAUGUGUCUUGCUUUUCCGACGCAGGUGUCUGACCUUGCCGCCCCGACCCCUUUGCUUGUGAGAGGCCUCAUGCGUCAGCCUGAAUGGAGUAUCGAUCAUCAGCAUCUGGCGAAGAAGAACUUGCCGUGGUUAGGUGGGAUGUAUAUUACAACGAUGGAUUCUAUGCUGUCGUGGUGGAUUUUAUCGGAAGAUCGCAAUGAUAUGAGCGAUCAGCAUAGCAAUCUUCAUGGGUCGAUGUUGCUGGUGAGCCUCGCUUUCUUUGUGGCGGUUUUGAAGGACUACGGAACCGAUGUAGAGCUAGUUAAAGGUAUUGAGAAAUCGAACAAAGGCAGCAGUAAAGAAGAGCACGAUAUUGCUAGCCAUCUUGUAAGCUUCCUAGUGGCUUUUGUCAUAUAUGAUGCUGUAGAUAUACGUAAGACGGAGCAUGAUAUCAGCCCCUGCGUUGACCAAGAACAGCCAAAAAAAAAUGAUAUGCAAACAUUUCGAAAGAAGUUUAUUCGCCUCAUCGAAGUCAACCGGAAAUUUCUAUCUAUACGAAUUCAGCUUCGAGCUAUGUUUGGGGAGAUGCCUUGCAAGUUAAGCUUGAACACGAUAAAGAGGGUCAGUUCCAGCUCAACGGCGCAUUACCACGAGUUCACCUACCGUGAGCCAUCACAGACGCCAUCCAUUUGGCACGGAUGUUGGAUAUUGAACUCCUUUGGGUUGAUAUACUCUGCAUUUGCCAGGGUCGAUGGGAAAGUGAUAUUGAGGAGGCAUGAGGAACUAGAUUGUACGAGCAGGUGGUGCAGCUGGGAGAGCUCCGCUACUGCAAACAGAAACAUAUCUCGAGAGGCUUUCAUCACAAUUACAGCCGCCUCUGAAAAGAAUGCAAUUGCCGACGACAAAUCCGAACAUGCUGGCCUAUCCCUAGUUAUAAUAUGCAGUCCCCGACCUGUGUGGACUUCAUGGACUUUUCAAGAGGGCUAUCUACCAGGCCGUAGUCUUAUCUUCACUCAAGAGCAGGUCUUCUGGGUCUGCGAUGGCGCCUUCUUUUGCGAGAAUUCGCAUCUCGAACUUCCGUAUGUCUACGAAAAGGGACAGUUCGAUACACCUCUACGUGCAGAAUUAAUCGAUGGACCGCUAGCUCAGAUAACAACUAAUCGUCACACUUUCCGGAAGAUGUACCAAGGUGCUGUUUCACAAUAUACGCGACGCCACUUGACCUGCCCUGAGGAUAUCCAUGAUGCCCUUCAAGCUGUUUUAGAGGCAUUUGAGCGUAUUUUUGGCGAAAAACUCCAUUGGGGACAUCCUCGAUCUCGAUUUGGUUUGUCAUUAUUUUGGUCUGGUCAAAUCACUAUGACCAAUACGUUGUAUCGCUACACGGCCAAAACAAUCAAGUCCACCUACCGUGCUGAGAUAAGACCACACGACAUACUCUUUAUUCACCCUAACUUUGAUAGUGAAACUUGUGAGAUCAUGUGUUCCGAGCGCCAAAGCGACCCUAUCCGCAUCAUGCCGAUUGUGGGAAGCAAUCGAUUUGAUUUCAAUGAAAGUAGCAAGAAAUGGAGUUAUCCCGGUCAUUUGGCAAGGGAACUUCAAGGCCCUUGUUUCUUUGGACGAUGUCCAGAAGCAUCAACCCGACCAGGCUUCACAUCUUCCAUCGUCGAAAUACCAACAAGCUCUAAGACCGAAGAAGUUAAUAUUAUCAAAUGA